GUUGUCCUUCUGGCGUCGAAUGAGCUCUCCUGGACGGCUCGUUUGGAUGGAACUGUUUUUUUUUCUUUCUUGUCGGGCUUUCAGUGUGUAAAGAGUGCUCAAGAUUUGGGAUACAAAUCGAGUCACUGUUACAAGCUGGUUUUUAGGAGCAUUUUAAAUAGCGACCGUUCAAUCCGCUUCGUUGUAGAGUUGUUUGUUUUCUUUGUCCCGCUCCCUUUUCAAUCCAAUUCCCCCCCAUUGUGGAAAACGACGACGACAAGAUGGCCCUCGUCAGCGUUCUAAAUCGCACAAUGCUGGACCUGACGGACUUGACAGGCUUGCCCCAGGAUAAGCUCUACAUGUACGGCGGCCUCUUUGUGUUCAUGUUUGUUUUGUUGCUUGUGAACCGCCAGUCUGACGGAGUCGCUGCCAAGAAGAACCUGCCCCCAGCGGUUCCUCACACUGUUCCCCUCCUGGGCAACGCCGUACCCUACGGAAUGGCCCCUGUGGAGUUUCUCCAAGACUGCAUGAAAAAGUAUGGCGACUGCUUCACCUUUAUCAUGAUGGGCCGCAAGAUGACGUUCUGCCUCGGCCCAGACGGAAACCACUUUGUGUUCAACGUUAAGCUCGCCAACGCCAUCGCUGAAGGCGCAUAUGAUAAAUUGACUGUCCCAGUAUUUGGUACAGAGGUCGUAUAUGAUGUCCAGAAUGCUGUCUUUAUGGAGCAGAAAAAGUUCGUAAAGGAUGCCCUUACCACAACUGCUUUCAAAUCCUACGUCCCAAUCCUCACUCAAGAGGCAACUGAUUUCUUCCGCGAAUGGGCUGACGAAGGCUCACGCUUCGAUCUCUUCCCCCAAAUGUCGGAAUUGACCAUCCGUACUGCUUCUCACUGCCUUAUGGGCAAAGAAAUCCGGGAGCAGCUCCACUCUAACGUUGCCAAGCUCUACCACGACCUUGAUCAAGGUUUCCAACCUAUCAACGUUUUCUUCAAGUGGCUGCCGCUCCCUGCCUACUUUGCCCGUGACAAGGCCCACAAAAUCAUGACGGAUACUUUCUUGAAAAUUCUUGAAAACCGAAGGGCAAAGAGUGACUUUGAUAACAAGGAUGUUCUGCAGAGUUUGAUGGAUUCAGAGUACCGGGAUGGUUCAAAGAUGUCGGAUCAAGCAAUUGCACACAUGAUGAUUGCUGCGCUAAUGGCUGGCCAGCACACGAGUUCCACGACGGUUUCCUGGGUCAUAUUUGAACUAGCAAACAACCCCCACGUGAUUGUGGACCUACUCAAAGAACAGGCCGAAGUCCUCACCGGGGACGCUACCACACCACCACACCAACUCCCUGCCCUCAGUUAUGAUGCCUUGCGCAACCUCCCCCUUUUGGAAGCUGUGCUAAAGGAAACCCUCCGACUUCACCCACCAAUCCACACCGUCAUGCGUCUCGUUGUCAAGGACAUUGAAUACAAGGGCUACACCAUCCCCGCAGGCCACUUCCUCUGCGGGUCCCAAGCCGUUUCCCAAAUGGACCCAGUCCGAUUCCCUAACCCUAAGAAAUUCGAUCCCACCCGCUUCCUCAACUCUGAUGAAGGAAACGGAGAAUGGACCAUCAAUGGUGUUGAUAUUGCCCAGAAAAGCGCUAGAUCAAAUUUCUUGCCUUUUGGUGCUGGACGGCAUAGAUGCAUUGGCGAGGCCUUUGCCUACGUUCAGAUCAAGACUAUCAUUGCCCUCUUUUUGAGAGAGUUUGAGGUUGAUCUGAUGCGAGACGCAAAAGGAGAACGGAUUUUCCCUGCAAUGGAUUACACGUCAUUGAUUGUCAUGCCCAAGAAACCAGCCUACAUUCAAUACAAGAGGAGAAAGGAGUUUAGAAAGUAAGAUGUACAGGGAAAGAAUUCGGAUACAUAAUAUAAUUUUGUUGUUUCAAUAAAGAAGAACGUUUGCCCA